CAGAAAUAUUUAAUUUAAUAUCAUACAAUAGCACCCCUCAGUGGAUGAGCACUGGUUUAAUCCGAAUGCUCUAUGAUAAUUGGCACGCAGAAACAGCAACGGGUAUAUUUGGUUCCGGAAGUCACAAAUUAAAGUAGAAAUGUAUUUAGAAUAUAUUCCAGUUUAAGCGCAUGCUUAAAUUCAAUAUUAGGAAAAAUAAAUAAGAAAUAUAUGUGCACUAUAAUGUAUUGUUGGAGCUAUAAAAGAAAUAGACUGAAAAUCCGAGCCGACCGGAAGUACCGCAAGCAAAGAAGGACCAGUCUGAAGCUCGCAGAAAUGGCGGCCACCGAAAACAAUGUGGAGUUGAAGCGAAAAGCUGAUGAUAGUCAGGAGAAGGAGAGAGGUUCUGAUUGGGAUGGAGAUGGAGAAGAUGCGGACUGGGUCGGACCCAUGCCGAGCGAAGCCACGAAAGCAAAAAAGAGAAAAGUCCUCGAAUUUGAGCGUGUCUACCUGGACAACCUCCCAUCAUCUGCCAUGUAUGAGCGGAGCUACAUGCACAGAGACGUCAUCACACACCUGGUCUGUUCAAAGACAGACUUCAUCAUCACCGCCAGCCAGGACGGCCACGUGAAAUUCUGGAAGAAGAAAGAGGACGAGGGAAUUGAAUUUGUGAAACACUUUCGCAGUCAUCUCUCUGUGAUAGAGAGCAUCGCAGUGAGCGCAGAAGGAGCUCUGUUCUGCUCCGUCGGGGACGAUCAGGCCAUGAAGGUGUUCGAUGUGGUCAACUUCGACAUGAUCAACAUGCUGAAGAUGGGGUUUCAUCCAGGUCAGUGUGAGUGGAUCUACAACCCGGGCGACGCCAUCUGCACCGUGGCCUGCUCAGAGAAACCUACAGGAAAGAUCUUCGUGUACGACGGGAGGGGGAGCAACGAGCCCCUUCACGUCUUCGACAAGCUGCACUCCUCGCCGCUCACCCAGAUCCGCCUGAACCCCAAAUUCAGAGUCAUCGUGUCGGCCGACAAAGCGGGAAUGCUGGAAUACUGGACGGGCCUCCGCAACGAGUUCAAAUUCCCCAAACACGUGGGCUGGGAGUACAAAACGGACACGGACUUGUAUGAAUUCGCCAAGCACAAAACCUAUCCCAUCAGCCUGGCCUUCUCCCCCGACGGGAAGAAGAUGGCCACCAUCGCGUCCGACAGGAAAGUCCGGAUCUUCCGCUUCCUGACGGGGAAGCUGAUGAGAGUGUUCGACGAAUCGUUGACGAUGUUCACAGAGCUGCAGCAGAUGCGGCAGCAGCUGCCCGACAUGGAGUUCGGCCGGCGGAUGGCCGUGGAGAGAGAGCUGGAGAAGGUGGACGGCGUCCGCCUGACCAACAUCAUCUUCGACGAGACGGGCCACUUCGUCCUCUAUGGGACCAUGCUGGGCAUCAAAGUCAUCAACGUGGAAACUAACCGAUGUGUGCGCAUCCUGGGGAAGCAGGAGAACAUCCGGGUGGUGCAGCUGUGCCUGUUCCAGGGCGUGGCCAAGGCCAUGGAGGUGGCACCCACCAUAGAGAUGAAGGCCUCCGACAACCCCGCCCUGCAGAACGUCGAGCCCGACCCCACCAUCUUCUGCUCCGCCUUCAAGAAGAACCGCUUCUACAUGUUUACAAAAAGAGAACCAGAGGACACGAAGAGCGCCGACUCGGACAGAGACAUCUUCAACGAGAAGCCUUCGAAGGAGGAGGUGAUGGCCGCCACUCAGGCCGAGGGGCCCAAGAGAGUGUCGGACAGCGCCAUCAUCCACACCACCAUGGGCGACAUCCACCUCAAGCUGUUCCCCGUGGAGUGUCCCAAAACUGUGGAGAACUUCUGCGUUCAUAGCAGGAACGGUUACUACAACAAUCACAUUUUCCACAGAGUCAUUAAGAGCUUCAUGAUCCAGACCGGAGACCCCACCGGCACAGGCAUGGGUGGGGAGAGUAUCUGGGGAGGCGAGUUCGAAGACGAGUUCCACUCCACGCUGAGGCACGACCGCCCGUACACGCUCAGUAUGGCCAACGCAGGUGCCGGCACCAAUGGCUCCCAGUUUUUCAUCACCGUGGUUCCCACACCGUGGCUCGAUAACAAGCACACGGUGUUUGGAAGGUGCAUCAAAGGGAUGGAGGUGGUGCAGAGGAUCUCCAACGCUAAAGUCAACCCCAAGACCGACAAACCCUACGAAGACAUCAGCAUCAUCAACAUCACCAUCAAAUGAUUCGCUCUUUCAAUUGCCUGUACAGUGAUGGCCGUUUUUACAGACUUAUUAAAAGAAAACUUUGAAUUGUACCUUUUUUUUUUUUUUUACCCAUCAAGUUCUGGGUUAGAUAACUGUUGAAAGGAGGAAACUUCAGCCGUACAAAUGAUGUCAAACAUUUUUAAUAUGUUUUUUACAGCAUCACAUUAUUUAUAAUUUACAAAAGCUGUCAUCAAGUCCACUUGUAACAAAGGUUUCACUGCGUACUGUUCUUCCACGCCUCAGUUCUCACAAACUACAUGAAAAGGCUUUUUCACACGUGCAUUGUGAUUUUUUUUUCUUUUCCUUUUUAUACAUAGAUACAAAUAUUAAACAUUACAUAGCAAUGAAUAAAAGAUCCAACUCAAACCAUG